UUUAAUAAUAUAGGCUAUAUAUCGACUAGCCUAAUAGUGAAUCGUGAGUAAUGUGCUAUUUAUCGAUUACAUUCUGAUGUCGUUUAUCUGUCAGAAAAGUUUGGAGCAGAAUUCUUACAUCAACUGUCAAAGGCUCGAAUGCACCUCUGGGUCGCCACAUUUGGGACGUCCUGCGCAUUAGUAGCGCAACGCCGAGUGUCGGAAAUGUAGACAACGGCACCUCCCACACACGGAAGUAUAUUCAAGUUUUCAGUGGCGGGUUCUUUACUCUUAUAUGUAAAAGUAACAGUCAAGCAAUGACCGAGAAACACCAAACUGUAUCCAAACUAAAAAGAAGGAAAACUUCACUUGAAGAUUGUAAACCAGAGCAACUUCAUCGGACUUUACCUAGAGAGAGCAUCGGAGUCUUUCUUGCACAACAGGAACAGCCAAGUUGCAAAAGAGCAUGCGACAGCCCCAGUGGAGCCCUGCGUGGUCAGGAAUGGUGGGCCCAGUCAGGGCUGUCCCCCCUGGAGAGGCUGUGGGCCAUCACUCUGCAGGCCUUCAGUGCCCAGCCUCCAGAGACCUCCAGCACUGAGCUGCUGCCCGAGCUCCCACCGCCCCUCACACCGACAUGUGCCAGGGAGAAGCGAGCAGAGUGGAGGUGGUGUUGCCUUGACGACGAGGUGGGCGCUCUUCCAGAGAUGCCCGUGGUGGCCCAGCAUCCACCCGUGAGCUCUGCCAGCUCAGGUCAGCCUGUGCCUGUUGCCCCUGCCAACGCCGUUCCCACGGAGACCACGUGCCUCUCGGACCGCGCCGCCCCAAAACGCAUGUGCGCCGGCGCCGGUGCCAGGGCCCGGGCUGGCGGGGAGGAGGGGCGGCAGCGCAGUGCCACAGUUUCCGUGCCAACGUCUCAGAGGUGCCACCAGAGUGGCGAUAAAGGGCUGAGGGGCGUUGGUAUGGCAACCACCAGGCCUGCCACCUCGUCCGCGUCGUCGUUGGCAGUGGCGACAGAUACCCGGACAAGAGGAGGGCGAGAGCCAGCUGCUGGCACUGCUGCCACGGCAACAGCUAGUGUCACACUGGAAACGUUCUUCAGUGCAGGCAGGGGAGGAGGAGGAGGAGGAGGAGGAGGAGUGAAGAAGGAAGGGAUCAAACAGCGCCCCCCCACAGAUCACCAGUCGGGGACCGGUGUGCCCCCCACCCCUUCAGCAGGGCAGCAGGGGGCAUCAGUGGAGGCCAAGAGAGGCGGGGGGGCAGGAGCCCGAGAUCUGGAUUGCUGCCCUAUGUGCCUGAUGCCUUUCCCUGCAGGGUUCUCCCAGAUGGACUGUGACGGCCAUCUUGCCCAGUGCCUGUCCGAGAUGAACACAGACAUGAUGUGGUGAUCCUUCCGUGUCUCCGUGUUUGUUUGUUUGUGUGUGUGUGUGUGUGUGUGUGUGUGUGUGUGUGUGUGAGUGUGUGUGAGUGUGAGUGUGUGUGAGUGAGAGAGAGACUUCCACUGUUUGUUGUUGGAUUAAAUUGUGGAUUAAAAAUGGCAUGGUACUGUC